GGAGUUUCAAUUUCUGCAGCCAACUCCGACCGAGUCAAGAUAGGGCUGCACAUACUUUGACCUUGCUUCCUCGUCAAAAUGUUCGGUGGCGGCGGGAUCACGUCCUCGUGGUCCAAUCAGAAUCAACAGCAGCCACAGUCCACAGGGUCAGCUUUUGGACAGCCUGCGUUUGGGCAGUCAGCCUUUGGAGGCGGUGGAAGUACAUUUGGACAGAACCAGCAGCAGCAACAGCAGCAACAGCAACAGCAACAGCAACAGCCACCUCAAGUCAAUCCAAUGUUCGGAAAUCUAGCCACGCCUUCUACCAACACCAGCGGAUUUGGCGCGUUCGCUAGCGGCUCGGGCAACACUGGUACCUCUGCCUUUGGUGCUACAAAGCCUGGCCUAGGAUUUGGCGCGUUCAGUGGCGGAACAGGUACCUUUGGAUCCGGAGGCGCGUUUGGACAAAACAGCAGUGCCAGCACGUCGGGGCCAAGUGCAUUCGGGUCGAGUAAUACUGGAACAAGUGCUUUUGGCAGUGGUACCGGACUGUUUGGUCAGAAUAAGACUACAGGAGCUUUUGGAAGUUCUUCGACUACCUCCACAGAUGGCCCAGUAGCUCCUGUUACUACCGGAACCGCCAAUCCACCCUGGUCCGCAACCAGCGAUAAGGACCAGAACAGCACGUCAUUAUGCAAUUAUCAGACUAUCUCUGCUAUGCCGGCCUACAGGGGGACAUCCUUAGAGGAACUUCGGUGUCAGGAUUAUGCGCAAGGACGCAAGACUGCCAGUACUGGUAGCACGUUUGGUCAAACUGCUUUCGGAGGAAGUCAAGUCACGCAACCCGCGGGUACAGGCCUGUUUGGUGCGCAGCAGUCGAACCAACAGACUUCAGCGUUUGGCAGCACUCCCAAUGCUGGAGGUAGUGCUUUUGGGGCGUUCGGACAAAACCAAGCGAAUCAGGGAACUACCUCAGCCUUCGGCUCUGGUGGAGCUUUUGGCCAGCCUCAGCAACAACAACAAUCUGCCUUUGGUACAUUUGGACAACAGCAACAACCCCAACAGCAGACCAGUGGAGCCUUUGGCGGUGCAAACGCGUUUAAUAAGCCUGUUUCUGCCUUUGGAACCUUUGGUAAUACAGGUGGCACUGGCACGUUCGGAAGCGGUGGCGCAUUUGGUCAAAGUACCAACGCCAAUACUCAACAGCAGCAGACUAGCGUUUUUGGGCAGCCUGCUACAAAUACCGGCCUCGGUGCCUUUGGAUCAGCCACUGCAAAUAAGGGUCUUUUUGGACAAUCAUCACAACCCGCCGGCCAGACCACGAAUGCGUUUGGUGGAACGAGCAUCUUUGGUCAACCGAAUCAAGCACAACAGACCCAACCGCAGACUUCCUCAAUAUUCGGUGGUGGUGCAUUUGGUAGCAACCAGCAGCAGCAGCAGCAACAACAACAACAACAAGGCAACUCUGUGUUUGGUGGUGGUACCACUCAGAAUCCGGGAUCCGGCGGUCUCUUCAACACCGGUAGCAGCCUUUUCGGCACAAACAAUCAACAACAACAACAGCAGCAGCAGCAGCAGCAGAAUCAAGCUGGCCAGAAUGCGCUAGGGUUGUUCGGCAACAAACCUGCUGGUCAAACGCAAUCACUUUUUGGUACCGGUUUUGGUCAACAGCAGCCGACCAAUUCUGCGCCACAAAGCAAUAUAUUUGGGUCAACUCCGAAUCAACAAGGAACUCAGCAGAGUGCAUUCGGUACAUCAUUAUUCGGCAAUAAGCCCCUUGGCACCUCAGUGUCGACCGGACAGACUACCGGGUUGUUUGGAGGUUCCGGGAAUACAUUCAACGCCUCUGCCUCCGUUCCCGGUGCUCAAGGUACUCUCACUGCUUCGAUAUCGCAACCAAUUGCUUCAAAUCUGCCGAUAUUCUCCAUGUUGCCUCCUGGUCCCCAAGCCGUUUCUUUGGAUCAAUCUGCGAAGAAAAAAGUCAGUUUCUUUGUUGACGUUCCCACCAGAUCUCCGGUCCCUCGUAUGCAGCUCAGAUAUUCUCCAGCCAGCUCAAAGCUACGUGGAUUUGCAUCCUCAGGUUCCGCAUCUUCGGGCUUGGACUUCUCUCAGGGAGCGCUCCUCGCCUUGUCGCUUUCCAAGUCAGCUGACAUCAAACCCUCUGACUCCCUGCUUGGUCGCAGCGCCAGUCCAUCCCUGGGGAGCGGUCAGAAGAAGAGUGUCAAAAAGCUAAUCCUCGACAAGAAGGUGGUCCCCUCAGAUUUGUACAUCAAGUCGCCAAGCAACUCGUCUGUGCGCGGAAAGGUCAUUUUCAGUCCUGCAUUGAGCAUCGCUCAGCGUGAAAAAGAAGCGGAAGAACGUGCUCGGUCAGCCAAUCGGUUUAUACCAUCGUCCUCUCCUGCUCCUCGAUCUGCUGCACAAAACACUCGAGCAACGGAUGGUGUGGAUGUCGAUUCAUCCAACACCCUUGAUGAGGGUGACUACUGGGUGAAACCUAGUAUGGAAGUACUCAAGGGCUGUGGUUACGACCAAAUAUCAUCUUUCAAAGACCUUGCAGUUGGUCGUGAGGGAUAUGGCGAGAUACACUUCCUUGAGCCUGUCGAUUUGACAGGGCUACCAAAACUCGGAUCUUUGUUGGGGGAUGUUGUCCGGUUUGACGAUAAGGAGUGCAGCGUCUAUCCAGAUAGUGAAGACGUUGAUAAGCCACCCCCAGGUUCGGGCCUCAAUGUUCGAGCGAGAAUAUCCUUGCAACGUUGUUGGGCCGUGGACAAGGCUAACCGGGAACCUAUCAAGGACGAGACGCACCCUCAGGCCAUUAAGCACUUGAAGCGGCUGAAGAACAUGAAGGAUACCCAUUUUGAAAGCUUCAGUGUAAAGGAUGGAACGUGGACCUUUACCGUGGACCACUUCUGAACUGUUUAUUUUUUUUCUCUCUUGUGUUUCAUUUGUGCUCCACCACACCAUUUGUAGUUACAGUAGUACUUCCCGCUUUCGCUUCGUACUUUUUAUUUACAAUAACUCGUUAGGUAGUCGCAUAGGUAGCAUUAGGCAGUAUUCAUAUGUACGCACGAAAUAUACAAAUUUUUUCUCUCG